GUGCAUAAUAUAAACCGAUUUCACGUCCAUAACUAAUUAGAUGAACAAUGUCAGUCAAUCUGUUCUUCCUCGUCACAGUAAUUUCUUAUCAAACUGUGUAUCCAGUUGUGAGCAUUCCUACAACAACUGAGAUGAACAGCAAUACCACUGCAUCGAAUAAAUCAUCAAGUCUACUGAAUUGGAGAAAUACAAUCUCACAAUGUGUUCGAUUGUAUAUGGAACCAAAUCAACUUGGUGAUUGGUUUGAUAUAUGUGAUAGUAAUGAGCUGCUCUCAUCAACAUUUGUUUGGAGAACCAAAUCGAUUUGUACAAGUGGAAAUACGAAUCCAUUCAGAAAAACAUAUUGGUUAAUAUAUGAGUAGGUUUGUCCAAUUUGAUAUGAUCCGUUGUGAGGUUUAUGUUGUUAAUGUGGAUCUACGAAGCUUUGUCCACUUAUCCGUUAAUUCUAUUCUCAUGAAGUUAUGUCACGGAAUUCCUUGAAAACCACUAGAAUUUAAUAGUUAUGCUUAUAGUUUGUAAUUCAUGAUACAAUCACAACCAACUGUCAUGAUGAUUUCCGGUUCUCUAUGUGGUACAUCUUGUAUUAGUAUAAAGACAACAUACUGUUUGGUGAAUUUCCGUAAACUAACAAAAUUGAAGAUCACCAUUCAUUUUGUUGUGUAGAAUUAAGAAUUAGAAUUAGUUGACUGGAGACACGAAAAUAAUUUCAUUCAGUGAUGAUGAAGCGUUGUAGACCAGUCUGUGUGUGUGUGUAUGUGUGUGGUGAUGCAUUUCGUCUUUCCAAUCAAUGUUAUCAGUUGAUUCACGAAAUUCAGUUGGUCGACUUGCUUUAGAUAUUCCGAUUAAAUGACGAAUGGAAAGAGUGUUUGCUUCGUUUUGAAUAUCUUCGGAUAAUAGGUAGGUAAUUUGCCUAAUUAUCUGAUGCUUCCAUUGUCUCCUACCAACGAUCGUCAAAUAUGAAAAUAUGAAUAUAAAAUGAGAUAAGAUCAGUGAGAAUAUCAGUUAAUUUUAUACACCUUCGCUGUCCUCGUUGGUAAUGUAAACACAUAUGGUUUUCAGCAGAACAAGUUAUGUGUUUAUCUGUGAUCAAAUGAUGACUCGCAAAUUGUGGUUCAGUUGAUCUACACUUAAGCAGCAUCCGUUGAAUGAAUAAAUAAUGUGUAGAGUAGUUCUAGAGCAAAUACAUUCCACAGAACUGUGAUACUUUCAGAUCUAUAAAUAAAUUGAAUUAAUUAUCAUCAUGAUUAAUUUAUGAUUUUCAUAUCUACUUUUGCACGAUUUUAUCCAUCUUUGUUUAGACGAUCUCAUUUCGCAGGACCUUACAUACUACUCAGUGCCAGUAAAUGUAUUGACGAUAUAAAUCAGUAUAAACUUUCGGCAACUAUGUCAAUACUGAUCUGUGUAGAGAAACUAACGGCAAAAUGGGAUGUGUUUGUUUCUUGUCAAUAUCCAAAACGACCAUGGAGGGAAUUUUUCCCAGUAAACUGGCACUCUGAUUAUAAAGUCAUAUCUAAAUCUGGAACGCAAUCAGCUGAUGGAGCCGAAGUUUCCUCACUGGAAGAAAUAGAAAGUUUGUUGGAACUACAGAAGAACAGUGUCAACAAUAAAUAAUUACAAGUACAAUCUCUUCGUUUUAAUUCCGUUCGUCAAAUAUUGAGGUGAAUGCGGAUAUCAGUCUAGUAUGAGAGAGAGAGAGAGAGAGAGAGAGAGAGCUGAAAAUGAUGUUUGUAAUUGUUUUGAAUCAAUGGACGUAAUUAGUUUGAUCAGAAUCACGAUGAAUAUUGACUGAUAUUUAUGACGGAUAACAGUUCAAUAUCUAUUGUUUUGUGUCUUUAUACACCACUAGUUAUCACAUAAUUUAUUCGCAAAUGAAAUUACUACUUAUUCGCUCUUGUACUCUACUAAUCCAAUGACGUUCGUUCGGUCUGAUCAGCCUAGCGUCCUAUUAAUCCAUUGCUCGUCUAGCCCGUCCCUCUGAGUCUACAAUGCCAACAACAGCUUCCACUAUGCGAAUUAUUUAUUUCAGUCAUACUGGGUUCAUAUAUCAUUCAGACAGACCGCAAAGCACCAUAAGUAGGAAAUAACAUUUAUACACAAUAAAGCCAGAAAGUGACUGUGAACGUGGGAGACCGAAAUCAAUAAACUGAGUAUAACUUAUGAACAGAAAAUCAUGUUAUAAUAAUAAUAAUAAUAAUAAUAAUAAUAAUAAUAAUCUGUCGAUCAAAA